AUGUGCCGUCACACCUCGGCGAACGAAGCGCAAUCUCUAACCGCGCCGUGUGUGAUGCUGGUGUCGCCGACAACCGCGUUGAUCGGCAACUUCGGUCAGCGCGACUUCGCCUUCGCCAUCGACCAGCAUCUGGCGCAGGAGCGCUGCAACGCCGUGAGUCAGGCCAUCGAGAGCAAACUCACCGCCGACCUCGCCAGCGUCAAUAUGCAGAGGUGA